GGACAACUUCUCCCGAGCGAGACCUGGCGACGACUCCGCGGCGGCGGCGCAGGCAUCGAUGCCCUUCUCCGGCGACCUGACAGAGCGCAACCGCCAGUUGCUGCUAGAGCAACAGAAUUCCUCCGCCAUAAAGAUCCAGAGAUGCUUUAGAGGGAAGAAGGCUAUACAAUCAAAACAUUCUGAAGCUCGAGAAAACUUCUGCUCUACUUUUGAAGGUUUCUUCCAGAAUUUAGAUAGGAAAAGCUAUGUUGCUUCGGAUUUUUUGGGUCAAUUCCUGUUAUUUUUUGAUGCAAAGGAGGACAAAGAUAUUGAUAUACUAUGUCAAGUCUGUGACCUGCUUCUACAAUAUGCCAAACGUGAUGGAGAUGUUGCAAGUCUCUUUGCUGGUGCAGAUUACUCAGUGGAACAUGUUGUAGUUCACAACGUAAAAAAGCUUGCACUCAUCUGUGUGCGUGCUGUUCAUCAAAAAAGUAUGUAA